UAGUGAAAAAGUCAAAUAGACACUUUCUUUUUGCACAUGUGGACUAAGGUUUAUCACAAGCUACCAAACCUGCAAAUCCAACACGGGUUCAAAGUGAGAGCACUAUACAGAAAAAUUGGUCAUUGAUAUACAUUAUUAAGGGUGAUAAGCUCUGCAUCAACUGCAAAAAGGUCAUAUCUUUCUGUUCAGCCUCAUCGUUGUGCAGUGAGCUAACCAGUCGAAGAUGUCAGGCAGCAUGGCUCCUACUGUCAGUGUCACUCUGGUGAUGCUGUCCAACCAGAGUCACUGUGAAGAAGGCGACUCAUUUGAGUUUUUUUUUGUGCCAGUGGUCUACUCUGUGGUAUUCUGUCUGGGGCUGCCCAGCAACCUACUCGCACUGUUGGUUUUCCUCCAGAGAACUGAAGCAGUCAAGAAGGUUAUCCAGAUCUACCUUCUGAACCUCACCAUUGCAGACAUUCUCUUCAACCUCAUGUUGCCCUUUUGGGUGGUCUACUAUGUUAAAAAGGGAGAUUGGGUCUUCACUGAGAUAGGCUGUCGGCUGGCCGGUGCUGUCUACUAUGUGUGCACCUACAGCUCCAUCACAUUCAUGACGCUUAUUAGCAUCAAUCGUUACUGCAUUGUGACAAAGAGAAGCAACAGAUACGUCUCCAGUAAGAGAGGUGCUUUUAUUUCCUGCAUGCUGUCUUGGGCUUUCUGGUUCUGCUGUGCCAUUCCCACUCUCUUGGUUGACCAGACCUCUAAAACUGAAUUUGGAUUAACCAAGUGCUUUGAAAAAUUCUCCCAGAAUACACUGUACUAUUUUGCAGUUUGUGGCUUUUUUGGCCUCUCGUUUUUCAUGGUUUUGUUAACCUACGUCUCAAUCAUCAGAUCACUAUCGGCCCCGGACAGCCUGUCCCAGUCAAAAACUCCUCGCACACUGGCCAAAGCAAUGGUUUCUGGCAUUCUGCUGGUUUUCCUAAUCUGUGUGGCCCCAUAUCACAUCACCUUGGUGUUCUGGGUGAUAGAGAGGGGACAAAGACAUGGCUGCUUUCAUAUGUCAGCCCUACGCAUUAGUCACUGGAUCAACACAGGUCUGCUGAGCGUCAACAGCUGCAUCGACCCCCUCAUAUACUGCUUCUCUCUACAACGGUUUAGAACGGAGAUCAAGGCCAAGUUGCUGUGGUUAACAAAGCAGAGGAGGCCAUCACAGAUUCAUUCAAUCAGGCACUUUCCAAUCUUGUCUCGGUCAACUUCCAGCACCUACUCUUAGUCUGAAAUUUAUGCCACUAAGCUAAGGACCAAUGCAUGAUUUCAGGCAAAGCCAAAGUACCACCACGAAAUUUCUGGGAUUUGGGAAAGACUGACUAUAGUGGUGCCAGAGGAGAACGUCACAGAUUUGCUUUCAUUCACCGAGUUUGCAUGGACACCUCAGAUGGUUAACAUGUCCGUGCCCAUUUAUGCAAAAGUGUAGGAAGAGGAGCUCCAAUGAGGUCCUAAAUUGUCACAAAGAAAAGAGACCCACCUUGACCACCUCAUGUUUCAAGACCACCAUUGUAAUCCAUUUCGUUCUUAAAAUCAUUCAGCAAGAGAAAGUGAACAAACUACACACAAUUACCAUGUGAAAAAGUAAAUACACUCCAUGGAAAUUAUUGGCUUUUUCAACAUAUUUGAACAGACGUUAGAUCAGAUAAUGCCUAGUGACAAAGUUGAUAUGCUUGAAUCAAAACACCAGGAAAUCCUAUGUUUUUAGUCAUUAAUUCCACCAAAAUAUCAAUGGUUGUAAUGGUCUACCAUUAGCCUCAAAAGCUGGUAUUACCUCCUUGGGCAGAAAUGACUUCUUGUAGGUGUUUUGUAGAACUGCCCACUUGUCCCUGAAAUCGACUCAGUGAAAGUUUUGGCCUCUCCUCCAUGCAGAAUUCUACCGGUUGCAAGAUAUUUCUGAGUUUUCUUGCAUAUACUGCACAUCUACAAUAUUUCAGUAAAUUUAAAUCAUGGCUUUGACUAGGCCAGUUCAUCGCCCUCCAGUUCUUCUUUUUGAGGCAUUCCUUGGUGGUUUUGCUAGUGUGGUACAGAUCAUCAUCAUUUAGAAAGGUCCAUUUCCAAUUCAGCUUCCAUCUUUUAGACAAAUGGCCUCACAUUAUCUUCAAGUACACUUUGAUAUGAUGUACAAUUCAUAGUUGACUUGAUUACUGCAAGCUGCCCAGGCCCUAAGGCAGCAAAGAAACCUCCAACCAUAACAUUUCCACCACCAUGCUUCACAGCUGGUAUGAGGUUCUGCUCCUGAAAUGCUGUCUUUGGCUUGCACCAAACAUGUCUACAGUUACUGUGGCCAAACACCUCUAUCUUUAAUCCAUCGGUCCAAAGCACAUUGUUCCAGCAGGCCUGGUCUUUGCCUUCAUGUUCAAUGGCAAACCGUGCUCUGCUGUUCUUUUUGGACAUCAAUGGCUUCUCCCUGAUACACUUUGCAUAAAGGUCAAAGUUGUGCCAUCUCUUUCUGAUUGUCAAUGUAUAAUCUUGGACACCAGCUUUUGUAAGAGUCACAUGCAGAAUUAAAUUUUGGGGUUCUUGGAGACUUCUUUUAGUAUCAAACGGACAGCUUUUGGACUGAAUUUGCUGGACUGACCAUGUUGUCUGUUGUCCAUGAGUUUCCUUACACUGGAAUAACUGAUUUUAAAUAAUUUGGUGACCUUUUUAAAUCCCCUGCCACACUUAGGGGCAUCCACAAGCUUCUUUCUAAGGGUCUUAGGGAACUCUUUCAAUCUUGACAUGAUGAGACCACUCAUGUCAAUAGCAAAGAGAAAACCAGACCCUCGGUAUCUGCAAUUUAAAUAAGACAGGGUUCACCUGCAUACUCCCUGAAGAGGCUCAAAUCAUUUGCAUUCAAUCUGAAACAUUAGAAUCUAAUUUUAUGGAUUUGAAGGGGUGAUAAAUGUAGGGGUAUCCUUAUUUUUUUCACAUGACAAAUCUGCAUUUUUGUUCAUUUAUAUUAUGAAAAUGAAUACAGCAUGACAAAUUUCUGUUCUAUUUGUUCAAGAAGAUCACCUUUGUCUCUUGGCACUGUGUGCAUGAAGAUCUAAUGUUUGCCUGUUCAAAUUUGGUGAAAGAAUUAAUAAUUUCCAUAGGGUCCAUAGGGUCAAACAUGUUAAAGUUAUAGAAAAACAACCCCCAACAUCCCCCCAAAAAGACCACCCUACUCAACUCUUUCUCUGGCUGAGGAAGCCUAACUUAUCGUUUCUAAAAAUGAGCAUUAAAAGUGCACUUGCUUGUUUACUGUUGGCAUCCUGCUUGGGUCUGGCAUACAAAUAUUGUGACCUUUAAUGGCUGAAUGCAUUAGAAAGCAGGUGUGCAAUUUAAAGAACGUGUAAUUAAGCCGGAAACGGGGCUUGGAAGUCAAGCAUAAUGUGUCUAUUUAUGUCUGCCAAGCACAGCAGCAAAAAGCGGUAGAGCUGGUGAAAUUGCUUCCCGGAGUUAUUUAGAAUUUUUUUUUGCUGUGUAAGAAGAAUUAUAAAAGUCUUUGUUUAACUGGACAGUCUGUAAGAUUCAGAAGGAGAUUAGCUAUGUAGGUCACUUCAGGGGUGGGGGGGCAUGUCCUAAAAGGCAUUGACAUUAUAAGCAAAUGACACAGCAUGCUUCUAUCGAGUCUGCAUGGCAUUCUUUUAGCCAUCUUGCCAACCAUUUCUUUUCCACAGACAAUUCAUAUUUCUGAUAUAAAUGUGCAAAGUGUGCCAUCUCACCCAAAAUUAGGAGAAAUUCACUGAGAAUGAACUUAAUCGAUUUUGUAAUCAGAAGCUGUGCUUUCGUGUGUGGACAACCACCACUGCCCCCCACUACUAACUUAUAGGCAACACCUUUGUGUAGAAUAAUGAUAAAAAAAACUUGAGGAAUAGAUUGGAUAAGAAAGCAAAGUUAAGGCAGAAAGAAAUGGCAUGAGACUUGAGGACAGAAUGCUGAGACUCACUGAAUAUGAGACAGGGAACUACAGUAUAAGACCCCUGACAGCAAAUCAAAUGAGUCAUGAGACUGGGUGAUUGGGGGGCUAAUGUAGCUCAGAUAGUGAAGGCGAUUAUUUCUUGACACCCCAUCCAGGGAUGCUUCCUGCCUUUUCUCUGAUGCUGCUGGGGUAGGCUGUGACUUCCACAAUGCUGACUUAGUAGAAAUGGGUCUGAUAAGUGAAAGCAUGGGGACUAUGGCACCAAACAUUAGACUACAUGGUCAUCAGCUCAAUUACCACCUCUGUUCACAGUGUGACCCUCUCCAUGCUGAAAAUGUAAAAAAUGUCUGUAAAUAGUUGGAAUGUAUCCUGAUGUGCCAACCAAAUAUAAAUGCAAUAGUCAUGCAUGGUUGUUUAUAAUAAUUAUUGUGUUUUAUUAAGACAAUGAGUGAAAUGCAUAUAUUUGCUUUUGUUUCUUUUGAUGUUAGAAGAUAAAAAAUGUAAUGCUGUAUUAUGGUUUUCCCUAUUUUGUCAUACACAUAAACAAUACAAUUAAUUUCUUCA